GUGGCUGGAUUAGCGGUCUGCAUUGCUUUGCUUCCUUCCUAGAGGGAGAAGGGGAGAGCAGAGCUCCUCCAUCCCCCAAUCCCAGCACUCAGAGGCCCGGAUGUUGGCUCCAAUCCUGGCUUUUUAUUCACUUCCAUAAAAGGGCAGAGAAGAGUCUGAAGACUCCUCCGAACUUCCCUCACUUUGCUGGACCCUGAAAAGUUUUCCUCCUCCUGUGCUCCCCUCUGAGGCUCGCUGCCCCUCCUCCAGGCUGCUGCUCAGUUAGCGGUUGUGAGAAUAGAGGAGAGGAGAAGAGAGGAGAAAAGAGGAGAGCAGGGAGAGAAAGCAGGGAGAGGAGAGGAGGGGGAGUGACUGCAGCAGAUUGAGAAGCAGUGACGUGAUCCCAGCCUGGAGAGCUCAGCCAGGGGGACUCCAUUAUCUGAGGCACACAGCCUGCCCCUGUCCUCCUCUUCAUUGUCCAGCCUGGGUGACCACUGUGCAAGCAGAGAGGAUGACCAAUAUGGCGCUGGACGGGAUACGUAUGCCGGACGGCUGCUACGCCGAUGGCACCUGGGAGUUGAAUAUCCUGGUGACGGACAUGAACCGGGACGUGACGCUACGAGUGACGGGCGAAGUGCACAUCGGAGGGGUGAUGCUGAAGCUGGUGGAGAAACUCGAUGUAAAGAAAGACUGGUCUGACCACGCGUUAUGGUGGGAGAAGAAGAAGACGUGGCUCCUGAAGACGCACUGGACCCUCGACAAGUACGGUAUCCAGGCCGAUGCCAAGCUCCAGUUCACCCCACAGCACAAACUGCUCCGGCUGCAGCUGCCCAACAUGAAAUACGUGAAGGUGAAAGUCAACUUCUCCGACCGAGUCUUCAAAGCCGUCUCCGACAUCUGCAAGACUUUCAGCUGUGAAGUGACUCCCGAUGUCAACAUUUCCGGACAGAAGUUCAUCAUUAAGCUCCUCAUCCCGGUGGCUGAAGGAAUGAAUGAGAUCUGGCUGCGCUGCGACAAUGAGAAGCAAUACGCUCACUGGAUGGCAGCCUGCCGAUUGGCAUCCAAAGGGAAGACCAUGGCGGACAGUUCCUACAACCUGGAGGUCCAGAACAUCUUGUCCUUCUUGAAGAUGCAGCACCUAAACCCGGACCCUCAGUUCAUUCCCGACCAGGUCAACUCUGACAUCAACCCGGAGUGUGUCGUCUCGCCCCGUUAUCUGAAGAAAUACAAGAACAAACAGCCAGGCUAUGUAAGAGAUUUGAUCACGGCCCGGAUUCUGGAAGCCCAUCAGAACGUCGCCCAGAUGAGUCUCAUAGAAGCAAAGAUGAGGUUUAUCCAGGCCUGGCAAUCCUUGCCCGAGUUCGGCAUGACCCAUUUCAUUGCCAGGUUCCAAGGAGGGAAGAAGGAGGAGCUGAUUGGCAUCACCUAUAACCGGAUCAUCAGGAUGGAUGCCCACACCGGCGACGCCAUUAAAACGUGGAGGUUCAGCAACAUGAAACAAUGGAACGUCAACUGGGAGAUAAAAAUGGUAACCAUAGAGUUUGCUGAUGAAAUGAGACUCUCCUUCAUCUGCACAGAAGUAGAUUGCAAAGUAGUUCAUGAAUUUAUCGGCGGCUACAUCUUCCUGUCCACGCGGGCCAAGGACCAGAACGAGAGUCUGGAUGAAGAAAUGUUCUUUAAACUCACAAGCGGAUGGGUGUGAGUUCAAUGACUCGGCUCCCCGCCCCCCCACCUCCCAGCCCCCCACCCACACCCCAUUUAUCAGAGCUGUCCUAUCUUUAUUUUCCUAAGUAUGCUGCUUAAGAAAAAACGAAAUAAAAUAAACAUAAGCUUGAAAUGUAUCCACUCUAUGAAAAGAAAAAAGCACUUCCAUCUUCCACCACCGGGAUGUAUCAAGGUUCUGACGGCCGUUCAAGAAACAUGGCGGGAGUGUUGACGCGUUUCGCCCGAGACCUGAAACUCGCAAAGGGGUCCUUUUUUUUUUUUUUUUCUGGGGACUAAAUUAUGAACUAAGCAAAAGGAAAGUGCAAGUGUUUUUAAAGCCAUUAACGACGUGACUGCGCAGGGCUUCAACCUAUCCGCACCACCAGUCCGGUGUAACGCAUGUAUUUUUAUAUUUCAGUGACCGAGGGGAUUUUGUAAAAUUUUUUUUUUUUUUUUUUUUUUUUUUUUUUUUUAUGCUUAUAUAGCAAUUAGGUCAAUGUUUAAAGUGUUGCGCUGUUUGGAGAACACAAUGGUCCUAUUAUAGGGUGGCUGUUGCCUAGCUACAGCGGUUGCCAUUUUGAAAAAAAAAGUCAGUCGAUUGGCCUCAAAACUUGGCGGAGUUUUUUUUUUUUCUUUUUUUUUGCCUACGAAUGUUUUUGGAUAGCCUGCAAAAUGGCCGUUUCUACUUUUUAGCUUCACGAAGUGCCUGAUUGGUGUCAUCAAUUCCCCCCCGUCCUAACUAUUGAUUGGCUAACCAACGAAACGCCUUCCGAUUUUAUUUAUCGGGUAAAAUCCAUUGGUGGAGGCCAAUAAAAAAAAAUGUCCGUCGCAAACCCAUUGCCUCGUGAAGUGCCUCGAUGUGUCCGCCAAGCGGAUCGGACGCCAUAUUGGCUCAUCUGCGGAAAUGGCCGUCACCUCUGUGCCUGGGCAAGAGUACACUGCGAAAAGUCCACGAAUCACGUCACCCCCCCACCCCUCCCCCGAUAUACCUUCUACUGUCUACACCUUAUAGUAUUAAAGAACAUGUAGUAUUCACCAGCGUAACUGCGUCAAAUAUGCAAUGUUCGUGACAAUAUGAAGUAAAGGUCUAAUGAAGUAUCAUUUUUUUUGUGUAACUUAUGUAAAAACACAGAUUUUAUAAAAUUGUACAGUGUUUUUUUUUUUUUUCUUACUUUACUCACAUUUUUUAUUUUUAUUUUUUUUGUUUGUUUUUGUUUUGCCUAUUAUAUCUACAUUUAAAAAUAUGCCUUUAUGAAUGUAUUCUGUAUUUUGAUUUUAGUAUUAAAGGAUGUUGCUACAAUA